AUGGAGCCCCUAGCUGGAGCUGACACUGCCACCUUCCACCAGCGCUGGCCAGCCCGGCUCCUGCUGUGGGUCUCAACCCUGAGCUGUUCUUUCUCCUCACCAGCUUCUCUCCCUCCGUCCCUGGUACCCCGAGUCAGAAGCAGCUACACUCUGGGAAGGACGUUCCUCAGUCUUGAUAAAUGCAAUGCCUGCAUCGGGACAUCCAUUUGUAAGAAGUUCUUUAAAGAAGAAAUAAGCUUUGACAACUUGAUGACUUCCCACCUGAGACUGCCUCCUCAGGACUUGCCUUCUUAUGCUGCAAAUUACUCAGAUGAUUCGAAAACCUGGCGCCCUGUGGAGGUCUCUCGGUUGGUCAGCAAGUACCAAAGCGAGAUCUCUGACAGGAGAAUAUGUGCCUCUGCAUCGGCUCCCAAAACCUGCAGCAUUGAGAGCAUCCUGCGAAAAACAGGGAGGUUCCAGAAAUGGCUGCAGGCCAAGCGACUCACACCUGACCUAGUGCAGGGCCUGCCCAGUCCCUUCCUGCGCUGCCCUUCCCAAAGACUCUUGGAUCGUGUGGUUCGACGCUAUGCUGAAGUGGUUGAUGCUGGCAGCAUCUUCAUGGACCACUUCACCGACCGUGACAAGCUGCGUCUCCUCUACACACUGGCUGUCAAUGCACACCCCAUCAUUCUGCAGAUCUUCCCGGGGGCAGAGGGCUGGCCACUGCCCAAGUACCUGGGCUCCUGUGGUAGAUUCCUGAUCAGUACCAGCACCAGACCACUGCAAGAAUUUUACGAUGCACCCCCAGAGCAAGCUGCUGACCUUGCCUACCAACUCCUUGGGGUCCUGGAGUCCCUGAGGAACAAUGAUUUGAACUAUUUCUUCUACUUCACCCAUGUUGAUGCAAACAUGUUUGGCAUCUUUGACAAUGGGCAUCUGUUCAUCCGGGAUGCCAGUGCACUAGGUGUCAUCGACAAGCAGGAAGGCAGCCAAGCAGCUUCCAGGACUGGAGAGAACAAAGACAUUUUUAGCUGCCUGGUGUCUGACUGCACCACCCAGCUGUCCUCCUGUGACACUGUCCCUGAGAAGCAAAACCUGGUGCUGGUGUGUCAACAAUUGCUGCCUCGACUUCUCCAGGGAAAGUUUCCUUCCCCUAUGCAAGAGAAAAUAGACUCUGCUCUCAGUCUGUGUAGCAAGAAUGCCAGCACAGACAUGGAAGUUUUAGGGGCCACCAACCUACUGAAGGACAUCUUAAGACCACUGAGAACCUGUGACCCUAGAUUUGCCUACCGCUACCCAGACUGCAAGUAUAAUGACAAGUUCUGA